GCGCGGCGCGUGAAACCGCAACCAUCCACUUUCCACAUCCCAAUCUACACGUCCCAAAACAAGAUGGCCGGUUUCAAGCGUGGUGGUGCCCGAGGGGGCAGCGCAUUCAAGAAAACUUUCCCAAAGAAACGUUCCUCGCCCGACGCUGAUGACGAUAACGCGGCGCGCGCGAGCAAGAAGACCAAGGCCGGAGACGACAACGACGACGACUCUGUACCAGUGGUACCCGAGCUCAAGACAGACGACAAUGGCGAUGCAUAUGUCAGCCUAAAUACCAGCGGAAAACGACGCGUGACUGUAAGCGACUUCAACAAGAGCACACUAGUUAGUAUACGAGAGUACUAUGUUACCGAUUCUGGAGAGACGAAACCGGGCAAGAAGGGCAUCUCACUUACAAUCGAUCAAUACAACGCUUUGCUCGCUUCAGCACCUCUUAUCGAAUCUGCGCUUGCGAAGAAGGACAUACAGGUCGUAAGACCGGAUUAUGAGGCUGAUCUGGGUGCAAAGAUUGGGGAGCACGAAAAGGAAGAGGAAGAAAAUGAAGAGAGAGACGAUGAGAAGACUGCGAAGAAAGAAGAAGACGAGGAUGAUGAUGAUGAUGAGGAGUAAUAGUCAAACAUUCUCCGGGCGCACUGCUGCACUAUUGUUCACACACGACUAUAAAUAUGGUCAUGCAACAGUAGUUCGGACAAGUCGAAAGACACAUGACCACGGCAAUGGGAACAAAGAACGAAGGCGAUCGUUUCAUUACGCUCAUAGAAGAGCCUACGUAUCGACUAAAGUUAUAAACAAGAACAUGUAUGUAAUCAGCAAUGUUACUCAAGUGAGGUAACCAAACAAACUCCAGGCCGAUAAACCCAAAUGCAUAUCCGCCGAUAGCUUCCCCUAGCGCCUAUGUAACCUCAAGUAAAGAACUCCGAGUGGAAAACUCAACACUCCUAAACGUUGGUCGAAUCCAUCAUUCCUCGUGAACCCUCAUCAGAUCAACAGGAACCAAAGCCAACCAAACUCCAUCGUGCCGGGGCAUAUACACAUAAGCCAUCAAUCGUGCAUCGCGAUUCUGGAGAACACGCCACUAUCAAGCUCGACAUAUCAAUCGG